UUGACUACGGUCAUCGCGUUGUUCAUUAUCAGAGCAGUAGUUAGCACUGCCCUGACUUGUGGGGGCGGUACAAAAUGUCCCAUGGACACACCUUGCUGUUCUCAAUAUGGAGAAUGCGGUACUGGAUCUUAUUGCCUCGGUGGCUGUGACCCCAUCAACUCGAACACUUUAAACUCGUGCGCACCUGAACCGAUCUGCAAAAGCAAUUCAUUCACGAAUUUCGAGAGCUUGAGUGACUUUACGUUGAACACAAAGUACUUGGGUAACGCUUCUGCCUCAGACUGGAUGUACAGCGGUCAGCCUCUCGUCAGCGAUGGCAAUCUCCUUUUGACUAUGGCUAAGGACACUGUUGGCACUGUGUUGUCAUACAAUCACUACAUAUGGUACGGCCGAGUGUCUACGAAAAUGAAGACUUCUCGAGACGCUGGUGUGGUAACAGCGUUUAUCUUGCUAUCAGAUGUGAAAGACGAGAUCGAUGUCGAGUUCAUCGGAGUCGAUCUCAGAACCGCUCAGUUGAACUACUUCUAUCAAGGAAUCACAGGCCAACACUUGGAAGUAAACGCUACCAUCGAUUCCGAUAGUUUCGAAAACUUCCACACUUACGAGGUGGACUGGACUCCUGACGCGAUCACUUGGUACGUCGAUGGGGAAUCGGUGCGCACUCUCCUGAGAGAGGACACUUAUAAUGCCACAUCUGGCGACUACAUGUUUCCUCAGACCCCCUCUCGGUUGGAAAUGUCUGUGUGGCCCGGUGGUCUCUCGACGAAUGCACCAGGGACCAUAGCAUGGGCCGGUGGCGAGAUUAGCUGGGACACUGCCGAUAUUAAGGACCCCGGAUACUACUACGCCACCAUCAGCGAGGUCAAUAUCACAUGCUACGAUCCCCCCGCCGGGGCCAACUCACAAGGCGAUAAGUCAUACAUUUAUAUUGAUUCAGCUGGAACCAACAAUACAGUGAUGAUUACCAAUGAAGGUACGGUGCUGAGUUCGUUCGAGGCAACCGGGACAAACAUGACUGCUGGAGCGACAGUCAGCAGUUCUGCAACAAGUGGAUCUGAUGGGGUUUCUGGCACUAGCAGUGGUUCAUCGGUUACUGGCUUCGUCCAGGGCAAUGGUUCUAGCCAGUCA